AAUAGUUAAUAAGUGUCAGUGAGUUACGGGCACUGCGACCCAAUGCUACUAGCGUUGGUAAGAUACUUCACCAUAAUAUACACAGUGGGAUAGGCAAUAGUGACUUGUGGUGAUCAUGGAGUUGAACUUUAUAUGGUUUUUUUGCGUUGCGUCGUGUUUCGUACAAGGAUUUGUAGCACAAGAAAACGACGUUACGGAAAUUCCUUUUGAGAUUGAGGCUAGAAUUGAAGAUGUGAUUGAGGGAAGUGGUAAUGCUGGCUUCGAAGAAAAACAUGAUACUACAGUAAUGCCGAUCAUACCACAAAUAGAACCGAUUAUAGCACCGGCUGGUAGCGAGGAUGAAGAGGAAAUGAGGAAAAAUGAAAGCCCUACCCCGAUCGGUAAAGACGAACAAGAAAGUAAUACUAGAGGACUAAAUUUAGAAAAUAACGAAUUUGUGUCUCAUACUAAUCUCCCAGUCAUUGAUGAAGAAAAGCAGGAAGAAAACUCAUCACAGGAAAUUCCAUGUCCAAAACCAUGUCUUUGUAGCAUUGAAGGUGAAGAAAACAACUUAGUUGUAAAUUGCGCUGGGUAUUCUUUAACAGAGUUUCCAUCACCUAUAGAUACAAGAACCACAACAUUAAAUUUAAACAAUAACAAACUCACUGAGAUACCAAGAGACAUUUCAUCGUUGAAAAAUUUGAAAAUUUUAAAUGCCAACGAUAACUCUAUAAUGGAGUUAGCAGCAGGUUCAAUCAGUGAGCUACCUGAAUUAAUAACAUUGAAGCUAGCAGGCAACCGUUUAAUUGAAUAUCCUCAAGAUUUAAAAAACAGUAUGUCUUUAAAUAAAUUGGAAGAACUCGAUUUAGGAGGAAAUGAUAUACGCACGAUUUUAACACCACAACUAUUUUCGCCACUUAAGUCCUUGCGCAAGGUAACGCUUCCCACCACAACAUCGGACCUUGUUGAAGAUCUAUGUGGAUCUUUUAAGGCGUCUUUGGAGACAGUUUGUACAGAAUCAUGUAAAAAACAGAGUUACGACUGCCCUGAUGUAACCGACCUAUUUGACGCAGCAUUACCAGGGAUGAUAUCUUUCGAUAACAUUGAAGAAGCGAACCUUAACAAGGGCACUAAAGAAACAACAUCAAGCCAAUUAACGACACCAUCCACAACCACACUUCUAACUACCACAAAAAUACCGGAAAAUAUUUCAUCCACGACUGAGUUUUCUCUACGUGCUGCUGUUAAUGAAGCACCAAUUAGCCAUAAAACUUUUAACACUCUUGUCGAAGCACCAAAAGACACGCAUGAAGAAGAGACUGAAGUGAAAAUAGGUGCGAAAACUGCAGAAAUAACAAAGUCCGGAGGUGGUGUUGAUCGAAGUGUGAUAGGAAUUGUUAUCGCUAGUAUGAUUGUUGUUGUAGCUGUAAUAGCGAUUAAGAAGAAUUGGACGUCUAUCAAAAAGAGGUUUGGUUCGACACCCCGACCAAAUGAUCGUACACCUACCACGAAUGGCACAACACCUGAAGAAAUACCGUUACAAGAAAAAAACAACGAUAAAUUACCUGUUUAGUAACUUAUUGUGUAAUAAUUAUGGACCUGGAUAUGGAAGUUGUUGUUUGUAAUUAAUUUAUAUAUUAAAUGGUUGUAUAUGUGCGUGAUCUGAAGAAGGAAAUGACAUGUAAUGAAAAAGAUUGAUACUAAUAUUUAAAUUAUCUAUGAUCAUUGUAAUCAACUUGUUCAAUCUUUUUUAUGAUGGCAAUAUGUAGUGUCAAUGUUACCCUAAUUAUAUUUAUUUAAUUAUUUAGAACCUACAGACAGCUUUAUGGGUAUAGGAGUAUAGAACUUAUCGUGUAAAUAAUUGUUAUACAAUACAUAAUAUGUAAUUAUUUGUAUAAAUAAAAUAGGUUUUUCUACUCCUUGUAA